GCGCCGGACGGAAGCGCCGCUGGGACUGACACGUGGACUUGGGCGGCGCUGCCCGGUGGGUCGGCCGGGCGCGAGCGGGGCCCCGGACACGCCGCGCCCGCGCCGUCCGCGCCCGAUGCAGCCGCCCGCGGACGAGGCCCGCAGGGACGGGGCCGAGGACGCCCAGUGGUCCAGGCCCGAGGGCCAGGUAUGGACAGGGACCCUGCUGCUGGGCACGUGCCUGCUGUACUGCGCCCGCGUCAGCAUGCCCGUCUGCGCCGCUGCCAUGAGCCAGGACUUCGGCUGGAACAAGAAAGAGGCUGGCGUCGUGCUCAGCAGCUUCUUCUGGGGCUACUGCCUGACCCAGGUGGUGGGCGGCCACCUGGGGGACAGGAUCGGGGGGGAGAAGGUCAUCCUGCUGUCGGCCUCCGCCUGGGGCUUCAUCACCGCCGCCACCCCGCUGCUCGCCCACCUGGGCAGCGCCCACCUGGCCUUCAUGACCUUCUCUCGCAUCCUCACGGGCUUGCUCCAAGGGGUUUACUUCCCUGCGCUGACCAGCCUGCUGUCGCAGAAGGUGCGGGAGAGCGAGCGAGCUUUCACCUACAGCACUGUGGGGGCCGGCUCCCAGUUCGGGACUCUGGUGACGGGGGCCGUGGGCUCCCUGCUCCUGGAUUGGUACGGCUGGCCGAGCGUCUUCUACUUCUCGGGUGGGCUCACCCUGCUCUGGGUGUGGUACGUGUACAAGUGCCUGCUGAGCGAGAGAGAUCUCAUCCUGGCCCUGGGUGUCCUGGCGCAGGGCCUGCCCGUGUCCAGACCCACCAAGGUGCCCUGGAGACAGCUCUUCCGAAAGCCUGCGGUUUGGGCCGCCGUCACCUCCCAGCUCUCUGCCGCUUGCUCCUUCUUCAUCCUCCUCUCCUGGCUGCCAACCUUCUUUGAGGAGACCUUCCCCAGCUCCAAGGGCUGGGUUUUCAACGUGGUGCCCUGGCUGGUGGCCAUUCCUGCCAGUUUGCUCAGCGGGCUUCUGUCUGACCACCUCAUCAAUCAGGGUUACAGGACCAUCUCCGUACGGAAGUUCAUGCAGGUGAUGGGCCUUGGCCUGUCCGGCGUUUUCGCCCUGUGUUUGGGUCACACCUCAAGCUUCUGCACGUCUGUGGUCUUUGCAUCGGCCUCCAUCGGCCUCCAGACCUUCAACCACAGUGGCAUUUCCGUUAACAUUCAGGACCUGGCCCCGUCCUGUGCCGGCUUUCUGUUUGGUGUGGCCAACACAGCUGGGGCCUUGGCAGGUGUCGUGGGUGUGUGCCUGGGCGGCUACCUCAUCGAGACCACGGGCUCCUGGGCGUCUGUGUUCAACCUGGUGGCCGCCGUCAGCAGCCUGGGGCUGUGCAUCUUCCUGGUGUUUGGGAAGGCCCAGCGGGUGGACCUGAGCCCCGCCCACGAGGACCUCUAGCGCCCGACCCACCGCCCCCCACCCCGGGCCCUGCCCCCCUGCCCGUGGAGGUCGCACCCUCCUCCAGGGUCGGUGGGACCACGGGGUGCGUGGGUUAGUGCCUUUAGCAGCAGCAGCUUCA